AUGGAGCUCUCCUCAGCCCCUCUUCACAAAGGGCAGCUACCCUGGAGAGGACUCCUCCUGGCAGCCUCACUUUUGCUCUGCUGGAGCUCUCCCGCCAUGGCCCAACUCGUUGUGAACACCCAUCCACCCCAUGUUACUAUUGGGGAACCCGUACUUCUCGAGGUCUACAAUGUGCCAAAAAAUGUGCAAAUCUUUUACUGGUACAGGGGUAAAGGUAAAAAUCCGGCUAAAGAAAUUGCACGAUAUAUAGCAAUCAAGCCUCACAGAAAUAGUACAGGGAACGCAUACACUGGCAGAGAGAGAAUAAGCUCUAAUGGUUUCUUGUUCAUCUUUAACGUCAAUCAGAAUGAUAAUGGAACCUACACGAUAGUUGUGCAAACGGCUAUCUCUGAGUACACGGAGGCCUUCUUACAGGUGUGCGUACACCCACGGCUACCCAAGCCCAACAUCACAAGCAACAAUUACAAUCCCAUAGAGGGUAAGGACUCAGUAAAAAUAAUGUGUGAGCCUGAGACUGAGAAUAUAAGCUACCUGUGGAGGAGAAAUGGCCAAAGCCUCUCAGAAGGUGACAGGCUGAAGCUGUCUGAGGACAACAGGACUCUCACUUUACUCAGUGUUGUGAGGAAUGACACAGGACCCUAUGUGUGUGAACUCCAGAAUCCAGCAAACACCUCCCGAAGUGACCCAUUGACUCUGAACAUAUUCUAUGGUCCAGAUGUCCCGAUCAUAUCCCCCUCAAAUACUCAUUUCCAUUCAAGGACUAACCUUCAAAUCUCCUGCCAAAGAGCCUCUCACCCUCCUCCACUGUACUCUUGGUUUGUCAAUGGAGAGUUCCAGUCAUCCUCCCAAGAGCUCGUUAUCCCCAACAUCACUACUAAAAAUAGCGGAUCUUAUUUCUGCUUCGUCUAUAACUCUGUCACUGGCCUCAAUAGGACCACAGACCAGAACAUUAAAGUCCUUGAGCCAGUGACUACACCCUCCAUCCAAGUCACCAACCCCAAAGUCAAAGAACAGGAGUAUGUGUUCUUGACCUGCUCCUCAAACGACACUGGGAUCUCCAUCCACUGGCUCUUCAAUGGCCAGAGUCUGGGGCUCACAGAUAGAAUGAAGCUGCCCUGGAACAACAGCACCCUCCGCAUAUUCCCUGUCAAGAGGGAGGAUUCCGGGAAGUACCAGUGUGAGGUCUCCAAUGCAGUCAGUGUCAAGAGAAGUGACCCCAUCCAGUUGAACAUAAUCUAUCUGGGCCCCUCUGACAACUCUCCUAACGAGGUGGAUGACGUGGCAUACACCGUCCUGAACAUCAAUGGCCAGACACACAAACCACCAGCUUCAGCCUCUGAGGAGUGCUGGGACCCUGAAACCCACUCACUUUUUCAAAUAAGGAUAGCUGGAUCCUACAUCCAACAUCGGCACAUCUGGUAA